AUGGCCAGAUCAACUACCGUAUCACUGGCCCGAGAUGCGGACGACACAGGAAUGUUCUGUCAUUUUAAUCAACGACACUGGAAUUUGAAGUUUAUACCCUUUCUACAAGAAGUAAAAUAUCAAAAUAAAUUAAAUUCUUUUUGUAGAAUUCCGUAUUUCUAUUUUAAAACAAGAAUUAAGACAACUCUCCCUACAAAGUUUAUCUAUGAAAACGGCCGAUUGCUUGCCUCAUCACUUUACAAUAAAGCCAGCCCUUUCCUUCUUUCGCUAUCAACAAAGUUUAAUGAGAUUACUGGUUACGACGAAAUUCUCGCUCUUAAAGAAAAAGUUCUUAAAGCAGAUCUCGAUUUUUCAUCUUCACGAGAAGCAUUUAAAGAAGCCCAAUUACAGUACAAUAAAGUAAUUCAAGAGCGCAACACCUGCCAGCAGGAUAUUAAUUCCUUAUUACAAAGAAAACAAAUGUGGGGAGAAAAAGAAGUUAAAUUUUUUACUGAACUAUGCCAAAAAGAAUAUCACUUACAAGAACUUAAAGAAAAACUCGAUGGCCAAUACAAGUCCAGCGAAGCACUAGUGGAAGCUCGCUUAAACGAGCUUAUGUCCGGGUUAAAUGCAGUACAACUCAACAAUUUUUUGAAGCUUCUUAUCUGUUUUACUUGGCAAACUUUUCAUAAUAAUAAUAAUACGAAGUUUAGAGCGCAUUAA